GAAAAUGAUCCAAUAGUUUCUCCAAUUGUAAAAUAACGCAUAAAGAAUGAUUUAAUCUUUUAUUGGUCGAAUCGUAAUAUAUAAUUUCUUCGUGAAAUUUUCUAUUCUAUAUACUAUACAAUAUUAUAUCGAAUAGGUUAAUAUAUUCAUAGUAUAAACGUAAAAUACAUUUAUGAUCUUGUCAAAAGUGAUAUUAAAUGACGAUUGGAAGAAGAAUUAUUACGAAAGUUAGUGCUGUUACGUGUAAAUAUUAAUUUUAAUGAAAAUACCAAAAAUAUUUAUUAUACAUUAUUUUCGUUCUGGUGUCUCAUACAUUACAAUUCUCUUUUUUUUUUUGUUUUUUUUUUUUUUUUUUGGUGCACGUACAAAAUAUAACGUUAGCUUUAAUUCGAUAUACAAUGGAUAUAUAUAUAUAUAUAGAGAGAGAGAGAGAGAGAGAGAUAGUGUAAAUAAAUAACGAGAAAUAUUAUAAUCACAGAGUGCACUUAUUAUUACAUUAUAUCAACGACGUAUAAAACUAUAACUACGAUAUAUAUUAAACUAAUGGACGGUUUUAUUUUUAUAUCUCCGUUAUUUAGAAAUGGAUAAAAGAAGUCGUAGGGUAAUGUCAGGUCUAAAUUUGGACCACCUGCGAAAUAAUAUCGGGAUGGCUUAGAUAUAUCAUGAAAGUUUACGAAACUGGUAAUGUCGAUUUGAAGCACAUCUGUACAAUUUUUGUUUAUACAUUUUGACCAAAAUAAAUCUCUCUCGUCGGAAAAUGUAAUACCCAUCCCUAAUAUAUCAUAAUUCGUUAAACUUUCUGGUUUAGAUAAUACGGAAUAUAAUAUAUCAUAUUUUAUAGAAGUUAUUAAUCCUGAACAUUUAAUCCAAUCAUUAAAAAUUUGACCUGUUAUUACGUGCUGAGGUAAUCUAUCAAUUAAGAUUUUUAUCCAUGCAGAAGUAUCGUUAUUUGUAAAAUUACCUAACUUUGAUAUAUAUAUUGGAUAUCGAUCGGCUUGUGUUACAUUAAUCAAAGUAUCAUCCAUUAAGAUACUUAAUGUUUUGUUAUACAAUUCUAUACAAGUUGUUGUAGUAAAAUUAAUCGUAUUUAAUGUCAGAGAACAUUUCAAUUUGAUGUCUUCUCCGAAGGCUACGACAUGUCUAUUAAUUUGACUACAUUCACGAUUUUGUUCUCCUAAUGGCAAUGUUAAAAAACUUUUACUUUUGUUAAAACUAAUGUAAUGAAAUUCUAUAUUAUUACUUUUAUUUGUCAUUAUGGUACCAAUGAUUAAUGGUUUUCCACGAAUAUAACCAGGAUUACCACUACGUUCAAAUAUUGUUUUUUCAUUCUGAUCGUUCCAUUCGUAACUUACCUCGAAGGAUUGAUAGAAUUGUUGAGAAAUAUUAACCAUUAGAAAAUGUAUAUCAAUAGAAUCUAUACCUGCAGUACCAUUAUGGCUUAUUACAUAUUUUACUCCUUUAAUAAUAUUUUGACAAAUUCCCUUUGUGCAAGAACCCAAUAUUUCUUUGUCAUUACAAGUAUUCCAAGAGUUCUUACAAUAAUGAUUGAUCGGAGAUAAACAUACGUUCUUUGGACAGCUCUAAAAAAAAUUAAACAAAUAAAAAAAAAAUUAUUUCGUUAGCUUAGAAAAUUUAUAUAAAUAUUGUAUUGUACUAUUUAUAAGUUGCAUACUUGAUCAGACAAAAGAAUGUAAGUUUGAUUAAACAAAUCCAAAGAUUUAAUAAUCGUAAAAUUAUUAUACGCUGAAGGAAACAAGAAUGGGUUUGUAUCGGUUAAUUCAACUUGCAUACAAGAAUCUUUCCAUUUAUGGAGAUAUUUAAUUGUUUUCUUAAACGAACAUUUUCCUGUAAAGCCCGUUUGUAGUAAUUCUGAAAUAAUAAGAAGAAAAAAAAAUAUAAUUAUAAACCUAAGUUUAUAUCCGUUUAAUUAUUUAUAAUAGUUUAUAAUAUUACCUAAAGGUUUUAUAUAAUUAUUUUGUAAUUUCCAUACAAGAUCUCCUUCUUUAUAAAUACUAGUGAUAUUAUACAUGAACAUACUUUGCUGAUAUUCAAAUUUCCAUUUUGGUUUGUCUUUGUUUAUCUCUUUCCAUAAAUCUUUUUGAUUAUUAAUGGCCUUUGACAAAAAGAUAUAUUAAUUAAACGAUGAUUUGUAUAAUAAAAUAAUUUCAGUUUUUAUGAAAUAAUAAUAAACUUACUAAGUUAUUAUUAACACUGUAUACAGGUGGAAGAUUGUCGUAAAGAAUGCAGAACAAAUUAUUAGCUAAUUUUUCCAGAAUAAAAGGAGUAUUAUUUCUCUCAAUAAAGUUUCUACUGUAACAGUAACGACUAUCAUACAAUUCUGUAUGAUAAUCUUUACAAUGAGUGAAUACUUUUAAAUGAUGAUCUUUGCAGUCCAUAUCACAGCAACAAUUGAUGUCGCACGAUGCCACCUGUUUAUAUUAAAUUAAAUAAUAAAUUAUUUCUUUACAAUAUAGAGCUUUAAAUGUAAAAUAAAUAUUAAAAGUAUAUUAUAAUUACAGUUAAAUCGCAUUCACAUAUGUCCGAUUGUUUUUUGUAUAUACUAUCAUUUUCCAUUUCUGGAUUAAAUUUAUGCAUUACAAUUGAUGGCGCAAUAGUCGUUGUAUCGGGUUGUUGAUUUUGAGUUGUAUUAAUUAAAUUAAUACUUGAUGUAGAAGAUUCAGGAAAAUUUGUAAUGGUGACAUUUUGAGAAUUGUUUGAUGAAAGACCAUCUUCCUCGUAUGUCUCUGUAUAAUUAUCAAUAUCCGCAAAUUCAUCGCAUUCUGUUCCCUUCAAACACGUUAUUAUAUCCUCUAUUCUUUCUGAAGAGACUAAUUUGUUAAAUAAAAAAAUGAAAUGUAGUAAUAGAAAUAUUCUUAGCAUUUUUUUUUUUUUUUUUUUUUUUGUUUUAGUUAUAAAAGUUCUUAUAUAUCUGAUGAGAUCAUAUAGCUAUAUCUCUGCAAUAUUUAAUAUGUCUUCAUAAAUGACAUCCAAAUUUGUCAAAAUUUCUGACAAGUAUAUGCAGAUCGAUUUGUACAGUACCCAUACUUUCCAAAAUAUUAUACGAACCAAUUGGUUUCCAUGUAUGGCAAUUCAAACAAUGAGAUCCAGGAGAUAAGGGUAUAUUACAAACACCGUAAGAAUUGAAUAAUAUUCUACCAUAAUUAUCUCUAGAAAAUAUUUGUAGAAGUAAUUUUGGAGAAUUAUGUAAUGUUUGCGUGGUAUAAUGUAUAUCGACAGGAUGAUCCCAAAUUGGUUCAUUGGUAUAUACAUCACAACUUUCUUGGGUUUGUCCUUCUUCACUUCCUUCUAUAAUUUUCCAACCAUUUCCUAUUACAUUGUCAAAAUAAUUCCAUUAAAAAUGACAAUUAUUUUAUUAUAUUUAUAGUAAAUUAUUAAAUAGAGAAAAAAGUGAUUACAGGUAAAUCAUUAUUCUUUACCAGCAUGAAAACUCCAUUUACAGAAAAGCUGAGAUUCUUUGAAAUUUUUCGCUAAAGCAAUUUGACCGAUAAUAUGCAACUCGGCCAUAUCACAAAAUCAUGUCUUUGCUUUGAAAUUUGUAACUAUGCAUAAAAAAUCAAUUAUUUAAUUAUAAUAAUAUGUGACGCAUUAUUUCAAAAAAAAAAAAAAAAAAAAAAAAAAAAAAAAUAUAUCUAUAUUUAUAUUACAAAUUAAGUUUUACUUUACAAAAAUUCAAUAUUUUUUUUCAUCCUACGUUAUUUAAAUAUAAAAUAUAUGCGAAUUUGUUCUCAUUAAAAUAAUGCGUACAUACAAGAAGAACAUGUAUCGACGAAAAUGGAAGACAUCUGAAACAUAAACAAACUGUAACGAUGCAACACUACCAAUAUCGAAAUUUCAUAAGAGCUGGUAUUUGCCGCGUAUGUAUAAUCUUAAUUCUGAUUGGUUGAAUUUAAGAAACAUAAAAAUGCUUUUAUAUGAUUGGCUCGUAUCACGCGACGCCAACGCCAUCUACCAAAAGAUGAAUCGUAUACUGUAACUAAACGUAGUAUACAAAAACCUAGCCUGAAUUAACAUUUGUAUUUAUAUAAAUAAAAGUGUUUUUAUAUAUACAAACAAAUAUUAAUUAACAAUCGCAUUAUAAUGAGUACUAACGUAAGACAUGUAUUGUACAAGAAGAUUACAAAAUUUACAGAAAAUGUAGAGGAUGCAACUAAUAUAAUUUCUUAUUUAAAGAUGAAGCCAAGACAAUCGGGAGUAUUUUCUUUUAUACUUCCUUUACAAACGAAACAGUAUGAUUUAAGAAAUAACAUAAAAACUAUAUUAAACUCUGACAUAAAAUCAGAUUUAAAUGAUAUUACUGUUGAAGAGAACGCAUUAUCUUUUAAUGUAUUUAGAGAAGAUUACAUUAAGCAAUUCCUUGAAAGAAACUGUCAUAAAAUUGUACCUCAUAUACUUAUCAAUAACAAUAAAAAUAUAAUAGUCGAAUUUAGUUCACCAAAUAUUGCAAAACCAUUUCAUUUAGGACAUUUACGUUCGACAAUUAUAGGAAAUUAUGUGGCCAAUAUAAAUAGUUAUUUGGGAAAUAAUGUCAGAAGGAUAAAUUAUUUGGGUGAUUGGGGUACUCAAUAUGGCCUCAUUCAGAUAGGCAUUGAUAUGUCUAAUCUUGACAGUAAGAAAAUUCAAAAUGACGCUAUUAAAAGUUUGUAUAAUGCUUACGUACUUGCCAAUAAAUCAAUGGAAAAUGAUUCCAGUAUUGGAAAUAAGGCUAGAGAAAUCUUUAGACAAUUAGAAACUGGAGAAAGUAUUGCGUGUCAAGAAUGGGAGCUAUUUAGAAAAUAUACAACAGAGGAAUUAAAAAAAACUUAUGAUAGAAUAGGUAUUAAUUUUGAUGAAUAUCAUUGGGAAUCUAUGUACAGAUCGGUUAAUAUAAAGGAAAUAAUUUCAUUAAUGGAAAAUAUGAAUUUAUUGUCAUAUGAUGAAGAAAAUAGAAGAGUGAUACAUUUAAAUUCAGAAAAAGUCAUACCUAUUAUUAAAAGUGAUGGAACAUCACUCUAUUUAACGAGAGAUGUGGGAGCAGCUAUUGACAGGUAUAAAAAGUAUAAAUUUGAUUUGAUGUAUUAUGUAGUUGAUCAAACGCAAAGUAAACAUUUUACAAGUCUAAUAGAAAUAUUACAUAAAAUGAACAUGUCUUGGGCAGAGAGAUUAAAUCAUAUAAGAUAUGGACGAAUACUUGGUAUGAGUACUAGAAAAGGUACAGCUAUAUUUUUAGAAGAUAUUUUAAAUGAAAUAAGAGAUGUUAUGAGAGAAAAACAAAUUCAAUCUCCCACAACUAAGGUUUCUUUGGACAUUUCUGAUAAUAGUUCCGACAUAUUAGGAAUUUCUUCUGUGAUAAUUAAUGAUUUGAGACGAAGGAGAGAGCGAGAUUAUAAAUUCGAUUGGAAUGCAGCAUUCGACAUAGAAGGAGAUACUGGUACAAGCCUGCAAUAUGUACAUUGUCGUCUUUUUAAUUUAGAAAAAAAUUCUGGUGCUACUCUUCCAACUGAAUGUUAUCCAUCAGUUUUGAAAGAGCCAAUAGUCGACGACUUGAUAUGUAUAAUUAGUAACUUUGAAAAUACUGUUUUAAGAUCUUAUCAAGAUUUAGAACCAAGCAUUUUAGUUACAUAUCUUUUUCGAUUGAGCCACACUAUCAACAAAGCUUUAAAAAUAUUGAAAGUUAAAGGUGAAACAGCAGACAUUAGCGAUCAAAGAUUACUCAUGUUCCACGUGGCAAGAAAUGUCCUUGCACAAGGGAUGAAAUUGCUUGGUAUAACACCUUUACAAAAAAUGUAAUAUAGCUUAAUACUUAAAGUAUCAAACAUAUUAAAUGUCAUGAAAAGAGAUUGGAAGUUUUUUUUUCCCUAACAUUUAUAAACGUCCUGAUGAAUAUAUAUAUAUGGCUAAUAGUUCUAUCCAAUGAAACGAAUAAAAUAUGUGUAAUAUUUGGCAAGAAUUAUGUUUAAGGUAAAGAAAUUUAUUUUUAAAUCUAUUAUUCUAUAUGUGUGAGAUAUAAUUACAUUUUUUUUUUUUUUUUAAUUUAGACAAAAGAAAUAUAUUUCGAAGAUUAACGUUUUUUCCAUGUAAAUUUCCUUCUUGCUCCUUCUUGGCCAAACUUUUUUCUUUCACGUCUCCUCCAAUCUCUCGUUAACAAUCCAGCUAAGAAAUUUGAAAAUUAUUUAAUAUCGCAUACAUCAAAUUAUAAUAUGUAAAUGUGAUAAUCGUUCGUUCUUAAUCUCACCAAUUUUCAUAUUUUCUAUAACCUCAGGAGUAACGAAACUUCGGAGACCCCAUGCAAUGCCCCACCUUAUCGCGCCUGAUUGUCCAGUAGGUCCUCCAUUUUCAACAGUUGCUUCGAUGUCAACUUUCUCAACCAUAUUCGUAAAAAUUAAUGGAAAUAUUACCUGCAAAGUAUAUAAUUAAUUUUCUUUAAAAAUAUAUUGUAACUUUGAAUUAAUGAGAUAAGGUAUGGUAUAAGAAAAAAUCUAUUAUCUGAAGAAAAUCAAAUCUUAAAUAUAUAUAUAUAUAUAUACACUCACACACAUACACAUACACAUACACACAUAUAUAUAUAUAGCUACUAACAUUUAUACCUAACCGUUAUAAUACUUGUUCGCAAGAAACGUCAUCAUUACAGAUUAUACGAAGAUUUUCCUGGCGAAAAAAAUGAAAAAUUAAAUCUUCAUCAAUGUAUAUUCUAUGAAAUCAAUCAUCUUGAGAUUGGUCCCUUAUAUAUCAGUCUUUAUAAUACGUUAAGUGAGUUUUUUGUUUUGUUUUGUUUUGUUUGUUUGUUUGUUUCUUUUCUAUUGAUAAAAGGCAAAUAGGUGUGACAAUAAUCCAUAUAUAUAUAUAUAUAAUUUAUAUAUAUCCAUUUAUAUAGAUGUAAUUGUGUGUUCAUAUUCACGUACACUUUGCCCAACUCAUAUACUGUUGUCCUUCGCCAAACGAUUAACAAUAUCCUCCAAUAUGUCAUUCAUAUGUAACAAUUGUGUUUUAAGAGACUUUAUUGUUUCUUCAUUUGCAUUCAAUCUUGCUGAUAAUUCUUCGACGGCCAAUCUCAAGCCAGACUCGGAUGAUUCUUCACUUUGUUGCUUCAUCCAAGUUACAUGGUCGCUAAGACUAAUAUUGUCAUCAUUGAUAUAUGGCAUGUUCUUUUGUGCAAUCUCAUAAGCAGCUUUUAAAAUAUCCUUAGGCAAUCGUUUCUCCAAAGGAUUUAAUGGUUUAACAACGAGGACGUGUUUACGAUUUUCAACGUCUAUUUUAUGAUCGGUCAUCCAUUUUCGAAAGGUAUAUGGUAUGGAAGCAUUAUGCAGUACCAUUUCAGUGAAAAGAAUUAAUUUAGUUUGACGUACCAGCUUGGUAAGUCCUGCAUGAUUUCUUAAACCAUUAAUAUCAUGUACGGCGAUGCCAACUAAUAAGUUCAUUAAUAUCACCGUUACAAAAACGAUGAAGAGAGUGAAGAGAAUUUGUGAACAGACAGAUAAUGGAUGAUAAAUCACGAAAGGACCGUCGGCAACUUGAUCCGCUUGAUUAAUAAGACCCUCAAAGUCCAAUUCGCCUGCCAUCAUUGCUAACACCUUGAUAAGUCCGGUAAAAGGAUUACCAAAGGCUGGUUCACCAACGAAAAUAACGCAAAAGCUAAUGGUGAAUCCUAUCAAUAAUCCAGAAUAAGCCAAUAAAAGUUUAGCAAACUCAAAUUGUAUAUGUGUGAACAUGGCAACGUAAGUUCCAAAAGCAGGCAAUUGUCCAACCAUCAGCAUAAGAUUUGUCCAGGCGCAAAGUAUGGCGAAUGCACCGAUAUAAUUUUGCCAAUCGUAUGUCUUUCCUGUGUAAACAAAUGACGUUACAAAAACGCUUACUAUAACUAUACCAUCGAGGACAUUAUCUAUGUUCGAGAAAUAUUGUUUCACCGAUUUGUAAACCAUAAAACCAAAUAUCUUUCUGGGUAUUGUGACACAGAUCUUUGAACUUGGAAAAUCAUCGUGAUUGUAACAUUUGUAUGCAAGUGCCGUUAGAACAUAAGUAGUCAUACAGAUCACCGUCAUGGCAUAAAGGAAGAUUCUCAUCAAAUAAAACUUUCUUAUCUUCUCCCAUUUGAGAUGAAGAAAAGCCAUGACCAAUGGAUGAGAUAGCAGAUCUUUUCGACGUUCUUGUACGAAAGUAUUGAUGAAACUGGUUUCGCAUUGAUUGUUGCUAGGAAAUAGUAGGUCAAAGUGUAAUCUCAUUUCGAAUUCUCUGUUAUGUGGUACAGGCCGUCUAAGCCUGAUAGAGGCAUCGAGUCUUUCCCGAAAGACUUGUAAAGAUUCUGGUAUUUUUCUUAAUAUGAUGUUUAAAGCUGAUAAGCCUGCACUUGUUGUAGCACUGACGUCAGCUCCGGCCCAAAUCAAAGUAUCCACGCAAUGGGACUGUUCGUUCAAAGCAGCUAUAUGAAGAGGUGUGAAACCCGUUCGAUCUGCCGCAUUGACUAAGGCACCAUGCUUCAAUAAAAGUUCAACCAAUACUGCCGAAGAAUCUGUACUCAUAACGGCAAAAUGUAAUGGGGUCCUAUGCGUACGAUCUACAGCAUUAAUGUUACUACCUGGUACAGUUAGCAAUAAUUCGACACAGGGUAUCGAUUGGACGAAACAAGCAACAUGAAGGGGUGUCUCUCCAAGAUGAUUUUUUUCGACUACGCUAGCGCCCCGUUCCAAGAGUACCUUCACCACAUCUAACGCAUUUGCCCGAAUGGCACAGUGAAGUACCGGUUCGACUAUUUCCUCAUAAGCACAAGUAUUUAACUUGGCGCCGCUGUCCAAAAGUAGAACGGUCGUUUCUCUUGAUUUUCCUGAAGCCGCAAAGUGAAGGGACGUGUAAUGAUUCGUUGGAUUUUCACAAUUAACAUCGACACCUUUUCUUAUAAGAUGUUCCAAACAUGACACAUUUCCACUCAAGGAUGCUGUUAGAAUAGCAUUCAUACCAGUGCACGGUUCGAUAUAAUUAAUAUCGGCUCCCAAUUCUUCGAGUUUAGGUAAAAGAUGAGAUAGGCCACGAUGACAUGCCCAAAUAUAAGAAAGAUUCUUCAAAUGUUCAUUCAAUGAGAUUUCUGACGGCACGAUACAAUUCUUUUCCAUUUCCAAUAAUAAUUUGAUCUCGGUAACAUUGAGCAUAGACCAGAAGACUGACCUUAUAUUGCUACCGUCUACUCGUAAUGCAUUUCUCAGUGCUUCAAAAUUAUCGAAGAAAAGAGAUUCAUCGACUGGUGGUGGAUCGCCCGCGUCGAUCUCUUCGUGUUUAUUCGUUGAAUUAGCUGUUAAGUUCUCUUCGACUACAACUAUCUGUUCAGGACAAUAAUCGUUAACGUGUCCAUAUCUUGCUGACCUAUAAGUUGAAGCCAAUCUCACGGAUAAUGGAUCCCCACCGUUGGGACGAUCGUUCAAGCAAGACAUGGAAUAAAGUCUUCGUCUUCCUUCGUUGUUAUUAUUAUUAUUAUUAUUAUUAUUGCUGUUGUUAUUGUUGUUUAUCGAAUUUGGUGGCUUUAAACUAUCCAUCUUCGUUUCUUCGAUUUCACCAAAACGUUAAUAACGUAAAUUUUUUUUUCCUAAAAAUUCUAUUCUCAGGUUCUACCUAAAAAUUGUAUCCUUAGCUUUUUCAAAGACGUGAGAAGAAGGAUAGGCUUUCGACGUGAACGUAACUCAGGCCACUACGUACUUAUCUUUCGUUUUGAUCUCCACUACGGAACAUCUCAAUCAUUUCUCUCUAUGUCUCUCUCUUUCCCUCUUUUUUCUCUCUCUCUCUCUCUCUCUCUCUCUCUCUCUCUCUCUGUCUCUCUCUGUCUUUCUCUCUCUCGUUUUCUUCGUCUAUCCACGUCACGUCCCAAAGUCGUUUAAGAUCGUUUUAACGAGAACGCUCUCGUCAUUGCACUACACGCGACUACCGGUGUCGCUCGGCCGAGUGACUUAUAUCGUAUCUGCGUUAUAAGCAUUGCGAUGGUAGAGAGAGAGAAGGAGAAGGAUUGCCAGAGAGUGAGGAGAGAGUGCGUAUAUAUAUACAUAUAUGUAUGUGUGUGUGUGUGAGAGAUAUAUAUAUAUAUAUAUAUGCGUUCUAUAUAUAGAACUUAGGACGUUAUCGCUUGGAUUCAGCAACUGCAGGACUCAGCGACCCCAUGUGUUUUUGGCCGUGAACUUCACGAGCUUUUAACACUAACGGGACAGGGUCAUAUAUGAUCAGCUAGCGUACAGUAUCCACCAGAGACGAUUGCUUCCUUACUUUCUCUUGUUGAACUUUUCUAAUGAAAAUUUAUUCACCUUCGAUGUCGUUCGCAAUGAUAUAAAAUCGUUUUAAAGGAUGAUCAUCUUCGUACGAUCAUCGAACACGUACGUCUUGUUAUAUCAGAAUAUAUUAAUUUCUAACAAGAUUCAAUAUAUGUUUUAAAUAUUCUUUUUAAUGAUCGUUAUAAAUUAUUUUUCUUCGUGCCAAAUAUCAAUCGAAAUUUUUAAUGAAUUUAUAAUGAAUGACUUUCUCUCGUUUAAAAGCUUCGACGAAAGUCCCUCACUUUCUCUUUAUUGGUACGCUGCCAAAAGAUAUCUGUUCUUUCUUAUUUAUUUAUUUAUUUAUUUAUUUAUUUUAGUGUUAUUUUUUUUCUUUAUUUCUUUCUUCUCUUUUGGUCGUUUAUGACCAUCGUAUAUCUCGAGGAAUAAUUUUCUACGACCUUUAAGCUCGAAAUGACCUUUUUUCUUCGUUCGUUAAGUAAUAAGAAAGAAUUAUUCUGACAGAGAUAUUACGAUCUCAUACGAAAUAUAAAUUUCCAUAUAUACCAUUUGGCGAAACAAAAUUCAAAAAAGGAAAAGAAAAAAGAAAACAGAAAAAAAAAAAAAGAAUUAGAAAUCUCAUAUCCUUGACUUUCUUCCAAAUCGAAUGUUCGAUAAGAAUCAUGUUAACAACGAUAUCAUAAUAAUAGCCAUUAUCUACGAGAUUAUCUGUGAUGGAAUUUUUUUCUUUUUUUUUUCAAGUUCCGUUUUUUUUGUUUUUGUUUUUUUUUUUUUCGUUCUACAUCAUUUUUGAAAGAAUUGAUUAUCGAAUGAAUUAAAUGAAUGCUUCGAUAGAAUACAUUCGAAGGAAAAUAUUGAUAAUUAAUUAGACGACAAUAAAGUUAGUGUAUUUUAUGGAUACAACGAUGGACUGAUCGUCGCCGUUAACAAACUUUAAUAUUUAUAUAUAUAUAUAUAUAUGUGAACCCAGUUGAAAAUGUAUUCACGUAUCACCCAUCGUGAUUUUCGAUAGAGAUCUCUCUGCCCGGAGGCUAACUUGCCACGUAGAGAGCACGACCGGUUCGUACGAUUGCUUGGCGGAUACUACUCCUUAAGAAUUUGUUGCUUGACGACAAAAUGCACGGAGAAAAAAAGAAAAAGGAAAAAAGGUAGAAAAAAGAAAAGGAAAAAAAAAAGUUGUAAUGCAAGAAUUCAUAUGGUGGGAGAAGCGAAAUAAAUAAAUAUAAAAAAAGAAGAAGAAGAAUAUAAUAGAUUAUGACGGAUAGAGAUUUUUCAUUUACGAUAAAAAGAAAUGAGAGAAUUUUGUCUUUUUCUCUUUUCUUUUUUUCUAUUAAUAAAUACAAAGAAAAAUUUUUUUUUGAUACAAAGAGGAAAAUUUUUUGUUGCUGUGAUAAAGGCGAAGAUUUCUUUUUUUCUUCUUUUAAAACGAAUAUAAAGGAGUUUUUUCUUUUUUUUUCUUUUUUUUCCAUGAUAAAAAUGAAUUCCUUCCUUUUUUUCUCAUUCAAAAUAAUAAUGACGAUAAAUAGUAUGUAUAUACUGUGAUCAGUCAAGUUAUAUGAAAGAUUAAUAUUACAGUACUCCUCCUUGAGAUAUUCAUUGUCUGUACAAAUAUUGUUCAAGUAAUCGAAUCUUUUUACUUAUAUCGAUAUUUAUUCAUAAGUUGAGUGGUAUCUUCUCUCUGAAAUACGUUCCAUAGUUCUAUCAUAAUUGUUCGAACGACGAAGAAAAUCCUCAUAAAUAAAUUAUCGUCUUAAUUCUUGUUCCUUCAUAGUUUUACUAUAUAUAAAUACACACACACACACACACACACAUACAUACACAUGUAUAAUGAUGUACAUUGUGCAAGCAUACUUUUAAUUAUACGUAUUUUCAUUAUCAUCAUUGUCUUAUCUCUUUACAUUCUUUUCCUUCCUCUUCUUCUUCUUCUUUUUUUUCUUUUUUUUUUGAUUAUUAUAAAAUAUAUGAAAAAUCUGUUUAAUUGAAACAUUCUAUUUUGUUAAAGAAAGUUCUUGACGAUUGGCUUUUAAUUCUUGCAAGUGUGUGUACAGAACAGAUCGAAAGUUCUUAACUGAUAUUAAAAAUCAAUUAUUUCGUUUCGAGACUAUUUUUUAAACAAAUUUAUUUUUUUUUUGUCAGAUUGUAAAACUAUAGGUCUAACUACAAGCUUAAAAAAGUCUCGAAAUGAAGUAAUUAUCUCUCUCUCUCUUUCUCUUUCUCUCUUUAUUUUUUCAUAAAUUUCUAUUUCGCUCUUGGCUAAUACCU